AUGAAGAAGCCUACAAAGCAAGUAUGGGUGAAAGAAGAACAAAGCAAAACUGUAAAACAAGUGGAAACUAACAAUGACAAGGAAGAAUCAGGCAAUAAGGGGAAGAUAAAGAAGGUGAGGAAAGCUGGACAAAAGUGCUUAUUGGAUAACUUCCCUGAUACAUUUGUGAAAUGGAUUAUGACUUGUGUACAAACAAUAUCAUACACUAUUUUAGUUAAUGGUAAGGCAACUACUCCAUUUGUAGCAAAGAGAGAGGUGAAGCAAGGGGACCCCCUAUCUCCAUAUCUGUUUGUAAUAGCAAUAGAAUACCUGACUAGGCUGCUGAAGACUCUGAAGAACAACCCUGAUUUCAACUAUCACCCUAGGUGUGCAAAGCUGAACUUAGUGCAGUUGGGAUUUGCAGAUAACCUGCUACUAUUCUGCAGGGGAGAUGUGAUAUCGGCAAAGCUACUGUAUGCCUGUUUUGAAAGCUUCUCAAAGGCAUCUAGUCUAGUAGCUAACCAGGGGAACAACUCUAUAUAUUUGAAGCAGUUGCUCCUAACAUACAAUAGGAAAUCCUGCAAACUUUGGGUUUCCAAGCUGGCACACUGCCCUUUAGAUACUUAG